GACCAUUUGAGCACCCCCCCCCUCUCUCUCUCCCCUUCCUCCCUGUUUCUCCUCUUCUUCACCCUGCCCGCGCUAUAUGCUACACAUUUCCAGCCCUCUCCUCUCAAAUUUCGACGCAAGCGGACGUCCGCGGCACACGGUGCGCAGCACGGAGAGCGGAGCGGCGCGGAGCGACGACGCGGCGGCGGCAGCAGCAGCUCUCUCUCUCUCUCUCUCUCUUUCUCUCUCUGUCCUUGUCGCUCUCUCUGCCUUUUGUUGGAAACCGGCACACUAGAUGGUGGAUUUGUUCCUCGUACGGAUUUGGAUCGGGGCUAACUUCGCAUGGGACAAAACCCGCCUUCUUUCGCGUCUGCGAGCGAUCCGUUUCGCCCGGCGUGUUGACGACGGCAGCGGAGGAGGAGAAGGAGCAGAGAGGGGGGGUCUAACCUAACCGGAGGAGCGCAGUUGACAGACGCGGAGACAUGUUUAUCCACGCGUUCCCGUCCACCAGCUGAUUGGGGGGGACAGAGGCGGAACCAAAGCGGCGUGUAAUCUGUGUGUGUUUUUUUUUUUUUAAACAACGGGAACGUCAACUGGGAGCUGGGGAUGCAGACGCGUGGAUCUGCUGCUGCUGCUGAAACGGAGACCGGGGAAAGAUGCUGUGAUGUUCUCCUUGCGCCGCAGGGCAAUGCGUUGUAGCGACCCGAACGGCGUGGAAUAACGCACCGAGCCACAACUUUGUUCAAAGGCCUCACAGGACGGCGAGGUUUUUAUUUUAUUUUAAUUUUUUUUAUUAUUUUGCAUCGUCUACUUCAGAAGUGCGUUUAUCUUCGUCCGCUGAAUACAGACUCGGGGUGUUUUAGAAACGAAAGCAGCCCUGAUCUCAGCGCCGUUCCUUUUUAUUUUUUAUUUUUUUUGGAUUUUACAGUUUGAACUCCACGUCCUGCGCUCCGUUGAUGAUGCGAUGCAGAGUUGCCAAAUUUCUGAGUGAAAAAUCUGUAGCUGGAGGCAGGUCUAACAUCCGCGUAUGCAAAUCCAAUCGAUAGCGAGAUAAAGCCACUGGGGGGUGGCUUUUGGAGGUUUUACUCCAGCCUGAAGGCAGCAGAGCCGCUGCCAGCCGAGCACCGGUACACUCUCCGCGGCACAGCACAACGCAGCGUCAGCCCCGAGGAAACUUUCAAUGGUGUUCCGAAAGUUGCCCGGCGUCUCGGCGUCGGGCAUGGGUCUGCGCCUCUCCCAGAAGUUCGUCUUCUUGCUCUUCCUCUCGGGUUUGGUGACGCUGUGCUUCGGAGCCCUCUUCUUUUUGCCCGACUCCGUGCGGCUAAAGCGCAUUUUCCUCUCCAAGACGGAAGUCCAGCCGGUCACCGUGGGCUCCGGGUCCGAGAACGACGUCCGGGAGCACGUCAAGCGUCCCAAGGAGCUGGAGCACACCAGGGGCAUGACCCCGGGCAAGGGGGAGCCGAAGAGCCGCAAGCCCGCCGUCUCCUCCAACGAAGCCGCCGAGGAGCGGCUGGCGGGGGGCAAAGCGCAGGAGGACCUGACCCUGUCCAGGUCCAAAGCGGAGUCCCUGUUGGAGAGCGUCUCCGCCGGGGCCCGCCGUGCCAACUCGGAUACUUUUGAUUUCAAGAAGUUCCAACGGUGCCUGCUGAAGCCUGCGCUGGGGAGUGACAGCGGGAGGCCGGCUGAGCCCACCACCAACGACCGCCGGGAGAAAGUCAAGGAGAUGAUGAAGUUUGCGUGGGACAACUACAAGCGAUAUGCCUGGGGCAAAAAUGAGCUGCGGCCUCUGACGAAAAAUGGUCAUAUCGGCAACAUGUUUGGUGGACUAAGAGGAGCUUCUAUUGUUGACUCUCUGGACACGCUGUAUAUCAUGGGACUGAUGGACGAAUAUAACGAGGCCAAGGAGUGGGUGCAGACUAGUUUGGACCUAAAUUCGAACGGCGAGGCAUCGCUCUUUGAGGUGAACAUCCGUUACGUCGGCGGGUUGCUCUCGGCAUACUACCUGACAGGAGAGGAGCUUUUCAGAAGUAAAGCAUUGGAGCUCGGAGAAAAGCUACUACCUGCUUUUAAUACGCCAACAGGGAUCCCCAGAGGAGUCAUCAACCUUGGGAGCAGUGGCACCAGUUGGAGCUGGGGCUGGGCUUCAGCUGGCAGCAGCAUCUUGGCCGAGUUUGGGACUCUUCACCUGGAAUUUGUGCAUCUGACAGAGCUGUCUAACAACCCUAUCUACAAAGAGAAGGUGAUGAGCAUCAGGAAGCUCCUGAACAAGAUCGAGAAACCUCAUGGCCUGUAUCCGAACUUCCUUAGUCCAGUCAGCGGCAACUGGGUCCAGCAUCAUGUUUCCAUCGGCGGCCUUGGAGACAGUUUCUACGAGUAUCUAAUAAAAUCCUACUUGAUGUCAGACAAGACAGAUGAGGAAGCAAAGAAGAUGUACUACAGUGCACUGGAUGCGAUUGAAGCUAACCUGGUUCAGAAGUCCCCUGGUGGCCUCACCUACAUGGCUGAGUGGAGGGGGGGCAUCCUGGACCACAAGAUGGGUCACCUGGCCUGUUUCUCCGGGGGCAUGAUUGGUAUCGGGGCAGAUGAUGGAGAACCAGAGAAGAGGCAGCACUACCUUGACCUCGCAGCUGAGAUCACACACACAUGCCAUGAGAGCUACACUCGCUCAACCACUAGACUGGGACCUGAGGCCUUCAGAUUCGACAGCGGAGCUGAAGCCACAGCUACUAGACUGAGUGACAGAUAUUACAUCCUGCGGCCAGAAGUCAUCGAGAGCUACAUGUACAUGUGGAGACUGACUCAUGACCCCAAAUACAGAGACUGGGGAUGGGAGGCUGUCGAGGCUCUGGAGCAGCACUGCAGAGUGGAGUUUGGUUUCUCCGGCAUCCGUGACGUUUACACCAUGACAGCCAGCCACGACAACAUGCAGCAGAGCUUCUUCCUGUCAGAGACACUUAAGUAUCUUUACCUACUCUUCUCUGACGAUGACCUCCUCUCUCUGGAAGACUGGGUAUUUAACACCGAAGCCCAUCCGCUGCCAAUAAUCCGUAAGAGCUGCCUGCAGGAUGCAGUAACAGAGGAAAAGACGGUCUCUGAAUAAUACCACUCAACGGCUGAGGCGGUUACAGACAAAUCUGCACAGCUCGUGUGCAUAGAGUCAAACUAAAAUUGCAAACACCAAUUCAGUGCAGAUUCAGGGUCUUUUGAGGAGUGUGUGGUUGACUCUCAGUUCCUUUCCAGUAAAGGAUGUUGUCGUUUUAUGCUGUGAUUGUAUCUCCUUUCGCCGGGGUUCCUUCCUAAUGGCACUUCUUUUUUGCGGACAAUCAAAACAAACAUGACUUUCAUGAAGAGAUACCUUUUUCUUUCCUUCUUUCCUCCGUGAGGAAACCACUAUAACUUACAGACCCAAAUGUAUGGGAGAAGGUUUGAACUAUGGGCCAUACUGUCAGAGAAAUACAGAACCACUUGAGUUUUGCUCGUCAUUUUUAGUUCACCUUUAGUGACGCCGUUUUCCCUUUUAGGCUUUUUUUUUUUUCUGUUUCCCCUUCGUGAACUUUUUUGGACAAAGGUUUCUUUGCAUAUCUGUUUCCCUGUUUUUUGGAGUAAAGUGUUUUGGUGAAAUUUAAAGAAAGGACAAACUUUUAAGAUAGGAGUUAAAUAAUGUACAGAUAAACACGAAAUGUGACUCUCAAGUCCACCUCGAAACUAAUUUUGAUGUCAUGUUUCUUACCGAAACAAGGUUGAAUGAAUUUUUUAAAGGACAGAGAUGUCAGGAAAGAGGCUUUGUCUUAUGCAUCCAGGGACCACUUCUGAGAAAAAACAAAACAAAAAAACAACGAUGAUGUUUCCGGUCUAUGCUCUGGUAAUUGCUUUUUCUCCCAACAGAACAGUGAUUGCUCAGCCUUUCACAAUAAAACGGAGCACUCUCCAUCUUUUCACUGUACAAAACAAAGCAUCAAGGGAAUAACAGGACAUCUGUUGGCUAGCUUCGGAUGUCUUUUCUGUUUCUGUUGGGAGGUUUUCUGCCUUCACGUACGUCUAUGGCGAUGUUGCGGGCUUUUCUGCUGCAGAGACGAGCUUUUAUUUUCUAUCACUGUUCUGUUAACAGAUCCUCUUCUGCACAGUCGUGGCGUGAAUGUGCUGUACAUACAGAAGAAGUGAGUGGCACCUGUACGAGCUUGUCCCGACUUUAGUUUGUCUCUUUUUCUUUUCCUUUUUUUUAAAACUUCAGUGGUUAUUUUCUUCUUGGGUUCUCUUUGAUUUGCUUCCCUCAGGUGUUUCAGUAAAAAAACAAAACAAAAAAAAAAACAACUAAAAACUUCUUAUUUUAAGUCUAAUUAUCGCUGAUAUUAAUUAAUGUUAUUACUUAUUCUUACUUUGUUGAAUAUUUUCAAAUACUGAUUAAAAAGAAACUGUGCAACUUUGUACAUUUAAAACAA